AUGCGGAAGGCAUCCCACGCCAGUUACGGCUCACAACCCCGUCUGGACACGGUCGGUACGGUGCCUUUCUCCUGGCCAGUUGCAGCAGCUCUUCGCGCACCCACCGUCAAAUCCAUCGUUGUGCUCCGUGGCAUUGUGCUGGUUGAUCUGUGCGACUUGACAAGGUGCCACGGGUUUUUGGGUUGGGUCUCUUUCUCAAUUCGUGGGAAGCUACCUUGA